AUGCCAAGCUACGUAAAAUUCCUGAAGGAUGUCUUAACGAAGAAAAGAAAGAUUAACGAGUUGGAAGCAAUAACACUAAUGCAAGAGUGGAAUGCGUUGAUCAACAGGAACAUUCUCGAAAAGCAAAAACAUCCUGGCUGUUUUACUGUUCCUUGUUCAAUUGGAGGAAUAAAUGUAGAGAAUGUGUUGUGUGAUCUUGGAGCAAGUAUUAACCUUAUGCCCCUCUCAAUCUUAAAGAAACUUGGAAUUGACUUCAUCAUCUUAGACUAUGAGGUUGAUUGGGAUGUUCCAAUCAUCCUCGGAUGCCCAUUUCUUGCUACUAGAAAAGCUUUGAUAGACGUGAACAAAGAGGAAUUGGCCAUGCGUGUAAACAACCAGGAAGUUAAAUUCAAUGUGUUCAAUGCAUUAAGAUUUCCAAAUGAUGUAGAAUAA